ACAUCUGAUUCAGUAUUUUCAUAGAGGGACUUCGGUGUUCAGUGACCUGAUAUAUCAUUGCGAGGAGUUUUAUAUUACUUGAAAAAAAUGCUUUGCCUUUUGAGAAACGUGCUGAAUACAUCAUCUUUAAGGAACAGCAGCAAGUUUCUUAUGCAUAAUUUUCGGUCAUCACAUAAUCAGGUGCCGUUAAAGGGACGUGACCUCUUAACGCUGAAAAAUUAUAAUUCUGAAGAAAUAAAGUAUCUCCUCUGGGUGGCUGCAGAUCUAAAAUACAGAAUCAAGCAGAAAGGAGAGUAUAUGCCUCUCCUCCAAGGAAAAUCUCUGGCCAUGAUAUUCGAAAAAAGAAGUACCAGAACACGGCUUUCCACUGAAACGGGAUGGGCACUGCUUGGAGGACACCCUUGUUUUCUUACAACACAAGAUAUUCAUUUAGGUGUCAAUGAAAGUUUGAAGGACACAGCAAGGGUAUUAUCAGGUAUGACUGAUGCAGUUCUAGCACGUGUUUAUCAACAAUCUGACCUGGAAGUACUAGCUAAAGAAGCAACAAUCCCAAUAGUGAAUGGUUUAUCUGAUUCCUACCAUCCUAUCCAGAUCCUUGCUGAUUACCUCACUAUACAGGAACAUUAUGGCCACUUGAAAGGACUGACUAUAUCCUGGAUCGGGGAUGGAAAUAAUAUACUACAUUCAAUCAUGCUGAGCGCUGCCAAAUGUGGAAUGCACCUGCGUAUCGCAACACCAAAGGGUUAUGAAGCAGAUCCUUUAGUAACUGCAACAGCAGAGCAGUUUUCCCAAGAGUUUGGUACCAAACUGUUUUUCACAAAUGAUCCCCUGGAAGCUGCACAUGGAGCCAAUGUUUUGGUUACAGACACAUGGGUAAGUAUGGGACAAGAAGCGGAGAAAAAGAAGCGCCUGGUGGACUUCAAGGGAUACCAGAUCACAAUGGAGACAGCAAAAGUAGCGUCUCCCAACUGGGUAUUCCUACAUUGUUUACCAAGAAAGCCAGAAGAAGUAGAUGAUGAGGUUUUCUAUUCUCCAAGAUCACUGGUUUUUCAAGAAGCAGAAAAUCGGAAGUGGACAAUCAUGGGUGUGAUGGUUUCCUUGCUAACUGAUUACGCACCACAGCUCCCAAAGCCUUCUUUUUAAUUCCCGAAAUGUGUCAGCAAGCAGCUGAUUGUUACGGACAAGCAAUAACAAGAACCAAGCCUGUCUGAAAACAUCCUUAACCGAAUAACAUGUUUUCACUUGCUGUUGAGUAGAGUGCUGAGUGGAAUAUAUAAUGAUUCAUUAUUCUGCUAUGUAUUUGAUUGUAGUUUGCACAUGACCAGCGACGGAAUUGCUAGUCCUGUCAUAUUUUUUUGCUAAAUAAAAAUUUCUUGUACUUUUUA